GAGGCGUCAUUCGGCGAAAACACAGCAAGACACAUCGCUGGGAACAGAUUUGGCAAUAAACGGACAAGUCAAAAGGCGCCGUUCAUACACUCAACAUUUUAUUUUCUCACAUUGUAGUGAAAUGAAGGCAACAUGGGUGCCAAGGAGUCAAGGAUAGGUUUCCUUUCGUAUGACGAGGCCGUUAAAAGAGUAACUGAUGUGGAGUUGAAGCGGCUGAAGGAUGCCUUUAAGAGGACCAGCGGCCUGUCCUACUACAUGGCCCAACAGUGCUUCUACAGAGAGGUACUGGGAGAUGGGGUCCCUCCGAAGGUUGCAGAGGUGAUCUACAACUCGUUUGGAGGCACCUCUAAAGGACUGCACUUUAACAACCUCAUCAUUGGCCUGGUGCUGCUGACCAGAGGACGAGAUGAGGAGAAGGCCAAGUACCUCUUCAGCCUGUUUGCCAGUGAGUCGGGCGGCUAUGCGGCGCGGGGCGACAUGGAGGCCGUGCUACGGGCAUUGGACGGGGAAGUCCCGCCCUCUAUAAGGAAGUGCUUCAGCGAGGGGGAGAAAGUCAACUAUGAGCGCUUUAAGAACUGGCUCCUUCAGAACAAGGAGGCGUUCACCUUCUCCCGUUGGCUGCUCUCCGGGGGCGUGUGCGUCACCCUCACAGACGACAGCGACACACCCACCUUCUACCAAACUCUGGCCGGAGUCACACACUUAGAAGAGUCUGAUAUCAUUGACUUGGAGAAGCGCUACUGGCUGCUGAAAGCCCAGUCCAGGACCGGCCGCUUUGACUUGGAAACCUUUGUCCCGCUGGUCUCCCCUCCCAUUCACGCUUUGCUAAGUGAAGGUUUGUUUCAUGCCUUCGACGAGAACCGGGACAAUCACAUCGACUUUAAGGAGAUCUCCUGUGGCCUGUCUGCCUGUUGCCGGGGGCCCGUCGCCGAGAGGCAGAAAUUUUGUUUCAAAGUGUUUGACGUGGACCGGGAUGGGGUUCUGUCUCGAGACGAAAUCCAUGAGAUGGUAGCCGCACUUCUGGAGGUGUGGAAGGACAAUCGCACAGACACACUUCCUGAGUUGCUCACCAACGUGUCAGACAUAGUGGAGGGAAUCCUGAAGGGGCACGACACGACCAAGCUGGGUCACCUGACCCUGGAGGACUACCAGAUCUGGAGUGUGAAGAGCGCUCUGGCCAACGAGUUGCUCAACCUGCUGUUCCAGGUCUGCCACAUUGUCCUGGGGCUUCGACCUGCCACUCCUGAAGAGGAGGGACAAAUCAUCAGGGGGUGGCUGGACAGAGAGAACAGGCAUGGGCUCCAGCCUGGUGAGAACUGCUUCCUCAUCUCCAGCCAGUGGUGGAUUCUCUGGAAAGACUACGUCAAAUAUGACCACAAGUCCAUCGUGGUGGAUCAGCCCUCUAUCCUCUCCUCUCUGAGGAAUCCUCAGGCCUCUGCCACCGUCGAGCCUGCCCCCCUGGAGCCAGGGGUAGGGGUAGGUCUGGGGGUCCCCAGCCCAGCCAGCCCCUCAGGAGAGAGGUCCCCUGAUGUUGUGUCCAGCGCCUCUGAAGCCACAGAGACCCACAGCACAGUGGUGAACCCCCAUGCCGGCCCCUCAGCCACAGAGAUCUGUUUCGCCCGGCAACACGUGUCAGACAACAACCAGUGUUUCUCCAGGGUCAACGGCCACAUCCCCUCCGUCUCUCAGUCCCAGUCUCAGUCCCAGCUGGCAGCUCAGAGGCCUGGAGCCAUCGACAACCAGCCCCUGGUCAACACAGACCCCAUGAAGGCCCCCACAUUGACCAUGGAGGGAGGCCGGUUGAAGCAGUCCUUACAGCUGGUGGAAGGCAGGGACUUUGAGACGGUACCAGAGCCUGUGUGGAGGGCACUGUUCCACUGGUAUGGAGCCAACCUCAGCCUGCCACGACCGGUGAUCCAGCAGACGAAAACAGGCGGUGCUGAGCUGGAGCUCUUCCCGCGCUACCUCCUCUUCCUGCGGCAGCAGGCCGCCACGCGCACCCCCCAGUCCAACAUCUGGGUUAACAUGGGUAUGACCAGCCUGAGAAUGUUCCCCCAGCACCUCCCCAGAGGUAACGUUCCCUCCCCCAAUGCUCCUCUGAAGCGUGUCCUGGCCUAUACAGGCUGUUUCAGCCGCGUGGGCACCAUCAAGGACAUCCACCUGUACCUGUCUCAGAGGCUCCGCAUCAAAGACGAGGACAUGAGGCUGUGGCUCUACAACGGCGAGAACUAUCUGACCCUGUUGGAUGAUGAGGACCACACUCUGGAGGGCCUGAAGAUCCAGGAUGAGCAACACUUAGUUAUCGAGGUUCGGAACAAAGACAUGAGCUGGCCAGAAGAGAUGUCCUUCAUCGCUAACAGCAGUAAAAUGGACCAACAUAAAGUUCCUACGGAGAAGGGUGCCACGGGCCUCAGUAACCUAGGCAACACAUGCUUUAUGAACUCUAGUAUCCAGUGUGUGAGCAACACCACGCCCCUCACUGAUUACUUCAUCUCAGGGAGACACCUUUAUGAACUCAACAGAACCAACCCCAUCGGGAUGCGAGGUCACAUGGCUAAAUGCUAUGGAGACCUGCUGAUGGAGCUGUGGAGUGGAACACAGAAGAACGUUGCUCCUCUCAAACUCAGGUGGACAAUAGCGAAGUACGCCCCACGGUUCAACGGCUUCCAGCAGCAGGACAGUCAGGAGCUUCUGGCGUUCUUAUUGGACGGGCUCCAUGAGGACCUGAACAGGGUGCAUGAGAAACCCUACGUAGAGCUGAAGGACAGCAACGGACGACCCGACUGGGAGGUCGCCUUAGAGGCGUGGGAGAACCACCUGCGGAGGAACCGUUCUAUCGUGGUGGAUCUGUUCCACGGCCAGCUCAAGUCCCAGGUCAAGUGCAAGACGUGUGGCCACAUCAGCGCCCGCUUCGACCCCUUCAACUUCCUGUCUUUACCCCUCCCCAUGGACAGCUCCAUGCACCUGGAGAUCACUGUCAUUAUGCUGGAUGGUUCUACCCCUGUACGGUUCGGCCUGAGGCUCAACAUGGAUGACAAGUACACCGGUCUGAAGAAACAGCUGGGUGAACUGUGUAGGCUGAAGCCUGACCAGAUACUACUGGCAGAGGUCCACACCUCCAACAUCAAGAACUUCCCUCAGGAUAACCAGAAGGUGCGUCUGUCAGUGAACGGCUUCCUGUGUGCGUUUGAGAUCCCUGUGCCAGGCUCCCUCACCUCCCUCACCUCUGCAACACAGACAGACAUCACCCCUGUGCCCAUGGCUAAUGGUGUGGCGGUGGCAGCUAAAGGGCAUCCUGCCGGCAAGCCUGGUCUGAUCUCCAACGGCAUGCCCAGCACUGUGGUGCCCUGCGGACAGACCACAGAGAGAGGCCUGGUCAAUGGAGGGGUGGGGGUGCCCAACGGACACGUGUCCCCCGUCCAGGACAGCCCCUUCAUCGGGUACAUCAUCGCCAUGCACAGGAAGAUGAUGCGGACGGAGUUGUAUUUCCUGUCCAGUCAGAAGAACCGUGCCAGUCUGUUCGGGAUGCCUCUGAUCGUUCCCUGUACGGUCCACACCAGUAAGAAGGACCUGUAUGAUGCUGUCUGGAUACAGGUGGCACGUCUGGCCAGCCCUCUGCCCCCGCAGGAGGCCAGCAACCAUGCACAGGACUGUGAUGACAGUAUGGGCUACCAGUACCCCUUCACACUGAGAGUGGUAGGGAAGGACGGUACCUCAUGUGCCUGGUGUCCCUGGUACAGGUUCUGUCGAGGCUGUGCGGUGGACUGUACGGAGGACAGGGCCUCGGUAGGAAACGCUUGCAUAGCUGUGGACUGGGACCCGACAGCCCUACACCUGCGCUACCAGACCUCACAGGAGAGGAUAGUGGAGGAGCACUGCAGUGUGCAGCAGAGUCGCAGGGCCCAGGCUGAGCCCAUCAGUCUAGACAGCUGUCUGAAGGCCUUCACCAGCGAGGAGGAGCUGGGAGAGGACGAGCUCUACUACUGCUCCAAGUGCAAGACCCACCGCCUGGCCACCAAGAAACUGGACCUGUGGAGGCUGCCUCCUAUACUGAUAGUACACCUGAAGAGAUUCCAGUUUGUGAACGGCCGCUGGAUCAAGUCUCAGAAGAUCGUCCGGUUCCCCAGAGAGAGGUUUGACCCUAGCGUUUACCUGGCUCCCCGGGAGGCGGGGCUUAACGGGCUACACAGUCUGCAGAGCCGCAGCGAGGGCGAGGAGCUUCUGAGGAUAGGAGGAGGAGAAACGGUCUCCUCCAUCUCCGCCCCUGCUGGGUUCCUCAACAUCCUCAAAGCCUCUCCAGCUUCAGGCAGGAAGUCAACCCCUCCCUCUUCCAUCAGCUGUACCAACAGCCCCAAGACAGGAGGAGGGCCAGGGAGCACAGGCCACAGACAGACCCUCCUCAGGCUCCCCCAGCUGGGCAGCCGACACCGCCUCUCCAACAGCAAGGAGAACCUGGAGCGUAGUACCAGGGAGGGGGGCAGCGACCCCGACACCGAGCCCAGGGAGGGAGCACCUCAGGCGGACACGGAGGGUGGGCUUGUGGGGGUGGUGGGUGGAGGUUUCGGGGAGGUCGGGGUGGGGAGCGGGCCGGAGAUGUCCACCACAGACGCAUCUAGCAGCCUCCGUGAUGUCAUCGUGAUGAACGGGGACAGCGGUGGCCAUAGCAACGGGGUACUGCACACGGAGGCCAGUACGGAGCCCAGCAUGGACCUAGAGACUAGCGCCACCGCCCUGCUGCACCAAAGCGACAACAGCCUGGAGAACAUCUACAACUUAUAUGCAAUUUCAUGCCAUUCAGGUAUCAUGGGAGGAGGACACUAUGUGACCUAUGCCAAAAACCCCAACAACAAAUGGUACUGUUACAAUGACAGCAGCUGUAAGGAAGUGCACUCAGAGGAGAUGGACACGGACUCGGCCUACAUCCUGUUCUAUGAGCAGCAGGGAGUGGACUACUCUCAGUUCCUGCCAAAGACUGACGGCAAGAAGAUGGCCGACACCACUAGCAUGGACGAGGACUUUGAGUCUGACUACAAGAAGUACUGUGUCCUCCAGUGAUCAGGAUCACACGCCCGUAACGCUGGACAGACCCACUCAGCCGGCCCGCGUACAGAAAGGAAAUGACACAACGCUUCUUCUUCAGCCAGUCACUGGUCGCCAAGAAGCACAAAAUGGUGUCGUUUGACCGAGUCAUCACAAACUGAACCACUUGAAUGCCUAACCGGUUGUUGUGUUUUCGGAUACCGGUGGGUACCCCCCUUGUUGGUCUGAAAGGUAGUGUCAAGGUUGCCAAGAGAUCAACAUUUAAGCCCCACAUAAAGCACUAAAACUGGUGUCACAUUGAGCCCGAGGAAACACACUCUCUCCCCUGUAUGUGUGUGUUAGAUUUGUCCACACACAAGCUGAUGUUGCUUCCCCUGUUGUGCAUUUUCCUCCCCUGCUGCCAUCAAAAUAUGUCCACACCUACAUAUUGUCUCGCUCGAUAACUUUAUAUACAGUAAUAUGAAGAUUACUGUAUUGUUUUGUUGGUAGAGGUUCUCCAAAGGUUUUAUUUUCAUCCUCUAGUAUCGAUACUGUCAGUACAAAAACAACUCCUAAUGCUACCUCACUGUCGCGUGCAUUUCACUGGCCUAUUGGAACAGUCAAAUAUUUGUGACAGUAUUAAAACCUCACACACUUCCUCUUUUGAUGUCCCACACACACACACACACACACACACACACACACACACACACACACACACACACACUUCAAAAAAUAUUAAUCUCCCUUUAUGAAGAAAGAUUCCACAAAAUCGAGGUGUUUGACCUAAAUUUGGCCCUUGCCAAGCAACUGCCAAAACAAAAAUGUGCAAUUGCUGAUCAAUGUACCCACAACAUUGCAUGAAUUUAGGGACGUUCAUUGUAGUCGUUUUUUAACUCACAAGCUUGAGUUUAAAUCUGGGUUAUGUUCUGGACAGGUGCCAUAGAGGAUGUUUCAAAUAUGCAUCAAUAUAUAAAUAUUUUAAUUUUUCUCUUUCUCCAAAAACUUAUUUUAUAGAGAUGUAUUUUUAUUGUUGCAAAUUUUUUAUGCACAUUUGGUUCAUUUAAGGGUUGUUCUCAACUCUACUGUUUGUCUAAAGUACGUUGUAGAGAGCCAGUCUGAUACUGUAAAUGAAUAGGGUACGUCCCAAAUGGCUCCCUAUGUAGUGCACUACUUUUGACCUGGGCCCAUAGGGAAUAGGGUGCCAUUUGGGAUGUAACCCAGGACUCCCCGUCAAAUUUCCGUCCAUCCAGUCCUCACCACUCCAUUCCUGAAACAAUACCAUGUUUUAACCAUUUCCAUCAGCUGUUAAGAUAAAAUAAUGUGGUAAAACACUACUCAAAGUGCGCUGUCAUUUGGUCUUCAUAGCACUGUCAUAACAAUGAUAUAUAACAUGUCAUAACACACUACGAUGGUUAGUGAUUACCCACAUUUCAUGGCAGAUGUGCUGACAGGUGUUAUGCUGUGUUUUAACAACACUAGGAGGACUAUGGUAGUGCAGGUGAAGGAAAGCCGCUAGCCACUUUAUACUAUUCCAGGUAUUCCUUAAAGAGGUAGGGUUUCAAGUGUCUCCGGAAGGUGGUCAGUGACUCCGC